AUGAGACUUUGUACCAAAUGGAUCCAGCCAUUCUCACCCACGGCUAACCCGCCGUUGGAGCCGGCAUGUCGGUGGCGUUGUGCCGUUUCAAUGAAGACGGCUCAGCAAACUCGUGGAACUCGGGCUUCGAGUAAAUGGGAAAGAUUGGUUAUUGAUUCGGGAGAGGGUUGUCAGCCACGGUCGUUAAGUCAGCUCGAUAAACGAUGGAUGGAGUAUCACGGGUCGAAGAACUGGGAAGGCUUAUUGGAUCCGCUUGACGAUGGUUUACGUGGUGAGAUUAUUCGGUACGGGAGCUUUGUUGAGGCGGCAUACCAAUGCUUCGACUCUGACCCUUCGUCACCGAGUUACGGUACAUGUCGGUAUACGAAAAACUCGAGUUUGGAACGAGCCGGUGUCCAUGGAAGCGGGUACCGUGUGACGAAAAACUUACACGCCACGUCAUCGAUUCCAAUGCCACAUUGGACGGGUCAAAUCGGGGUGCGGUCCAGUUGGAUCGGAUUCGUGGCGGUCUGCGAGGACCAGAAUGAGAUUUCUAGACUCGGCAGACGAGACGUAGUGAUCUCAUUGCGUGGGACCGGAACUUGUUUAGAGUGGCUCGAGAAUCUACGAGCCACUCUAACUCGUUGCCCGUUCGGCAAUGAGAACAACAUGAAAGGACAAAAUGACGAACCGAUGGUGGAAAGCGGAGUUUUAAGUCUCUAUACCUCAAGCACGUCGGUAUGCCCAAGCUUACAACAAUCAAUAGCGGACGAAAUUUUAAGAAUAGUUCAAAAGUACAGCAAUGAGCCACUAAGUGUCACCAUCACCGGCCAUUCUUUAGGAGCUUCGUUAGCUAUUCUAGCCGCCUACGAUAUUAAAACUACCAUCAAACACGCUUUACAUCUCUCAGUUAUCUCGUUCGGUGGGCCCAGGGUUGGCAACCGGAGUUUCCGACACAACCUAGAACUACAAGGAACAAAGAUUCUACGUAUAGUGAAUUCAGAUGACCUAAUAACGAAAGUACCUGGUUUUUUCGUCGAGGACCAUGAUGACAUGGCGCAAGAACAGAAAGCUCGUGGGCCCCAUCUACAUCGUUGGAUACGGAAACAUGUCAACGACAACCAAUGGGUGUAUGCUAACAUAGGACACGAGCUACGACUCAGUAGUCGAGCCUCGUUACAGUUAAAUAGUAUCAACGUGGCCACAUGCCAUGAUUUAAAGACAUAUCUACAUCUAGUAAAUGGAUUUGUGAGCUCAACUUGUCCAUUUAGGGCAAGUGCAAGAAUGAUGCUCAAUAAAGCUACUGCUAUUCCACCCACACAAUAA